ACUACAGCGUGAUGUCAUAAUCUGUAUGACAAAACAGGGCUUUUUCACACUUACGGAUCGUGGAAGGAAGUAAGUGGUUAUGUUGAGGCAGUGAUUAAAAUUAUUAAUAUGUACCUAUAGUCAAAGUACAUAAAGAAGCGAAAGAGGAUAUUUUCGGCACAGGCCAAGGAAAGUUGGAGAAGUCGGACACAAAUGAGGCAUGAGACGUGACGCUUGAACUCGACUGAAGGCGGACAUCUGAAGGCACCUGCCCCUCCAGUGAAGUAUCGGCAAACAGUUUGUUUCUGCGCCCACAGGAAUGUACUUUUACUAACUUUUUUCCCCCGUGAAUCGUGCUGGAGAAAAUCGUAUGAAAACGUCCUUCGACUUAAUCGAGUAAUAAAGGAAUUAUGAAGUAAAGGGAAACAGAGACUAGUGGCAGAUCGCUCUCAGCCUGCAGCAGCUUGCAUAUCCCGCCCCCAUCGGAUGCCGGGCCGGGGUGAGGGAUGAUGGAGCCGCUGACGGAUCGCCCACUCCGGGGCGAGGGCUCCGUGUGGGAGAAGGCAGCGACGUGCUGCUCCUACAAGGGCCUGAAAAGGCUGCUUCCCAUCCUGGGAUGGCUGCCCAGCUACGAGCUGUCCUGGCUGCGCAUGGACCUGAUCGCCGGCAUCACCGUGGGGCUCACCGCCGUUCCCCAAGCGCUGGCUUAUGCCGAAGUAGCCGGAUUACCUGUGCAGUAUGGUCUCUACUCCGCGUUCAUGGGCGGCUUCGUCUACUGCAUCUUCGGCACCUCCAAGGACAUCACGCUGGGCCCGACUGCCAUCAUGUCGCUCCUGUGCGCCUCCUACGUCGAGCAGGACCCCGUCUACGCCGUGCUGCUCACCUUCCUCUGCGGGCUCAUUCAGAUCUCCAUGGCGUUCCUGAGGCUCGGCUUCCUGCUGGAUUUCAUCUCCUACCCUGUAAUCAAGGGCUUCACUUGUGCUGCUGCCAUCACCAUCGGCUUUGGGCAGGUCAAGAACCUCCUUGGCCUGCAGAAUGUCUCCCAGCAUUUUUUCCUUCAGGUAUACGACACCUUCCGGAAGAUCCCCGAGGCCAGGGUGGGCGAUGUGGUUCUGGGCCUGCUCUGCCUGCUGUCUCUGCUUGGGCUGAUGUUCAUGAAGCAGUCCUUGGGACCGAACCCCGAAGAUCUGCCUCUCUGUGUCCGGCUCGCCCGGGGACUGGUAUGGGGCCUUGCCACAGCACGCAAUGCCCUGGUGGUGAUCAGCGCGACCUUGGUAGCGUACUCCUCGGAAGCUUCCGGGCACCACGUCUUCACCAUCACGGGGAAGACCUCGCCCGGCCUGCCGCCUUUCCAGGUGCCGGCCUUCUCCGAAGCCAUGGUCAACGGCACAGCGCUCCCCUUCAGUGAAAUCGCGUUGGACCUGGGUGGGGGGCUGGCCGUUAUCCCCCUCAUGGGUCUGCUGGAGAGUAUCGCCAUAGCGAAGGCCUUCGCGAGUCAGAAUGGCUACCGCAUCGAUGGUAACCAGGAGCUGUUUGCGAUCGGCCUCACUAACCUCAUGGGCUCCUUUGUGUCGGCGUACCCUAUCACAGGAAGCUUCGGAAGGACGGCGGUGAACUCUCAGAGUGGCGUGCGCACACCUUUAGGGGGUGUUUUCACCAGUGUGAUCGUGCUCCUCUCCCUCGCCUUCCUCAUGCCGAUCUUCUAUUACAUCCCCAAGGCCUCGCUGGCCGCCGUCAUCAUCUGCGCCGUGGCCCCCAUGUUCGACUACGGCAUCGCUAUGAACCUCUGGAGGGUAAAACGGCUGGACCUCUUGCCCUUCCUGGUGACGUUCCUGGUGAGCUUCUGGGAGGUGCAGUAUGGCAUUGUGUGUGGGAUUGCCAUCUCCGGGGCUAUGCUGUUGUACCACGUCGCCAGGCCCAGACUCAAGUUGCGUGACCAUGGUGUGCUGGUGGUGGCACUAGACAGCGGUCUCAGCUUCCCCGCCGUGGAGUACAUCAGCCGGGUGCUGUACACAGAGGCCUUGACAGCCUCCCCCCCUCGCUCUGUGGUGCUGGACUGCCGGCACUUCAGCAGCAUAGACUACACAGUGAUCAAUGAGCUGCAGGACCUGUUACGGCAGUUUCAGCAAUGUGAAGUAUCCCUCGUCUUCACUGGUGUACCGUACAAUGUUCUGGAGGUUCUGCUGGAGGCGGACCUGCCUGGCCUGAAACACAUGGAGAGUGUGGAAGCGGCACUCCAAGCCCUCUCUGCCUCCACCUCUUGUAACUGACACUGCAACUGGCCUAUCAGGGAUGGCUGGUGGGUGUCGGUCACGCCGAGUGCAGGAUUGGACAGACCUCAGCAUCAGUGAUCAGGGCAGACGACCAAUGAUAUGAGCAGUUGAUUUAAGCUUUGGAUUUUUACACUGAUGCUCCUGUGUCGCUAUACCAUUAUGGUUGCUAUGGUUUCAUGCUUUCUUAUUGGUGUAGAUUGGGGGGAAAAAAAUUGCUAUUUAAAUUACCAAAGUAGCUGCAACAUGCCCAGGGCUUAUGGCCCUGGUGUCGUGAAGGUGCUCCGUCCUGCGGUGCCUAGGAUCCCAGUUAAAACACUGCCCUGGAGGCCAGUUAAGACAGCCUGUGAUUCAGAGCAGUCCCAUGAAAAGCAGGGUAUUGACUCAUGAGCUUUCAACUUACUGACGACUGUUAGCGCCCACAGCACCACUGACAGCUCUUAGUCCUCAUGACAUGACUGACACAAUUAACUGCUCUUAGCGCCUGCGAUAUGACUGAUGCGACUGACGGUUCUUAGCGGCAAUGACACCACUGACAGCUCUUAGUCCUCAUGACAUGACUGACACAAUUAACUGCUCUUAGCGCCUGCGAUAUGACUGAUGCGACUGACGGCUCUUAGCGGCAAUGACACCACUGACGGCUCUUAGUCCUCAUGACAUGACUGACACAAUUAACUGCUCUUAGCGCCUGCGAUAUGACUGAUGCGACUGACGGUUCUUAGCGGCAAUGACACCACUGACAGCUCUUAGUCCUCAUGACAUGACUAACACAAUUAACUGCUCUUAGCGCCUGCGAUAUGACUGAUGCGACUGACGGCUCUUAGCGGAAAUGACACCACUGACGGCUCUUAGUCCCCAUGACAUAACUGACACAAUUAACUGCUCUUACCGCCCAUGACACCACUGAUGGCUCUUAGCGCCCGCAACGAGAUUGACACGACUGAAGGCUGUUAGUCCGCACAUCACACUAGCCUCUAUCUUCUCCAGUGACACACCCCCCGUAAGUGUCACACACGUUGGCCAUUUCUCGCGUUACUCUGCCCUGUGGGCAUUUCCGGUAAGAAUUCUGACUGGAGUGACACUACACUACACUGCACUUAUGCCUUUUGGAGAAAUAGACUAGAGUAAGUAUAGGUGUGAAAUCACAUUAACUGCGCUAAACAUUUUUUCCUUAUGAGCGUAAACUGGGUCCCGGUGCUAAGUGAAGUUGUGUGAGGGCCACUGAGAUGUCAGGAGGUGACUGUGGAGGAUAAACUGUAGAAGUCACUCCCAACCGCAACAUUGUUCCAUCCAGAGUGUUGCGGCAGACCAGGUAGUGCAGCUGUGGGCGUAGCUGGGAACUGUAGACCCCUUAAAAAUCUCACCUGGGACCUAAUAAAAUUAAUAAUUUUACAUAUUGAGGGGCUACUGUGAAAUGCUCAGGCCCCUGAAUCUGCCGGGUUAUCUAUGGCUCUCCGAUGCUGCUGAAGGGUGUGUGUGUGUGCGUGUGUGUGUGUGCGUGUGUGUGUGUGUGUGUGUGCGUGUGUGUGCGUGCGUGCGCGUGUGUGUGCGUGUGUGUGUGUGUGUGUGUGUGCGUGCGUGCG